AUGGGAGAGGCAAUAUCAUCAACUGUAGUUUCAGGUUGGGCAUGGCUCCCGAGCGACCUUUUGUAUCUGAUCGUAGAGAAGUUGAUACCAAUCACUGACUACAUCCAGCUUGGUGCAGUUUGUAAGAAUUGGCAAUCAGUAGCUCGUCAUCAGAAGCAUCAGCGCCUCAAAUCAUGUCACAAGCAGCUUCCAAUGCUAAUGGUUCCCAGUAAACACAACUGCCACGAAAGGCAUGGCUUGUAUAGUGUCACAAAAGGAAAGACUUGCAGCUUUGAGUUGCAUGUGCCUUACAAUAAAAGGCUUUGCGGUUCUUCCAAUGGUUGGUUGGCUUGUGUGGAUGAAAAUUUGGAAGUAACCCUUUUAAACCCUUCCACCAAACGUACCAUUCGCCUUCCAACAUUUGCACAAGUCCCUCAACCCAUACACAAACAAGCUUAUAGAAGUGAUGACUAUAUUAAGAAGGUUGUAUUGUCUGCAGACCCUUCUUUGUUUCCAAAUGAUUACGAAGCUGUGGCACUUUUCGAUAGUAAUGGAACCAGAGUAGCUCAUAUUAAGUCAGGGGAUCAUGGUUGGACUCACAUAGAUCAAACAAUCAGAUUUUUUUAUGGUCUGAAUCAAGUGAUUGGAUUCGAUGAUGUGAUCUAUUACAGAGGCCAGUUUCUUGCUGCUAGUAGGGAGGGUGGGGUUUUUGCAAUAAACGUUAGCAAGGAUCCAACUUAUAAACCUCAUUGA